AUGAGGGAUUUCAGUGAGAAGUGGGUUCAGAGACAUAACCACUGGCCAGCCCUCACAAUAUACCAGCCCACCGGGCCCAACAAUAUGCCCAUAUUCAAUGUCCAACAAGGCUCGGAAAGCGAUGGGCCCAGCCCAACCAAGACUAGGAAGCACGAAGUACGACUGAGAAUUACUGUUCGCCGGACCCGGUUUCGGAGCUCCAACGAUGAGGAGGAAGACAGCGGAUUAGGGUUCUGGGAUCCAUCUAUAUCUUCAGAAGAAGUGUUCUUACAAGUGCUGGAAAUGGACCUUGGAGCUUCUCUUGGUGUCCCCAGUGUUCAAGAGCUUGCUAGGAGCUUGAAGGACGUACCAGAUAGGUUUAUACGUCCUGAACUCGAGCUGGAUAUCGUUAGUAAAGAUGAGUCAGUUCCAGUGAUCGACAUGAGCAAGCUGGUUGGCGGUCGUGAUGAUGAAGAAGAUGAAUUGGCUAAGCUUCAUGCGGCUUGUAGAGAUUGGGGAUUCUUCCAGGUGAUCAACCAUGGAGUCGCGGAGGAGGGGAUUCUGAAAAUGAAGGCGGAUGUUCAAGAGUUCUUCAGGCUGCCUCUGCAGGAGAAAAUGGAAUAUGCACGACUGCCUGAUGACAUCCAAGGAUAUUCCGCGUCACACGUGGUACCAAGAGGGCGAAAGCAAGAUUGGAGCGACUUUCUCUACAUUUUCCCACAACCUCGAGAUGGAAGAAACCUGAGGUUUUGGCCAAGAGUUCCCUCUUCUUUCAAGGAAACUCUGAACCAGUAUUCAACAGAGAUGAAAAAGCUGAAUACUGCCUUGCUGAGUUUCAUGGCAAGGAACCUGGGACUCGAGCCAGAAAAGCUGCUAUCUUUGUUCGAAGGUGGUCGUCAAGGUGUAAGAACGAACUAUUAUCCACCAUGUAGGCAAGCAAACAAGGUUCUUGGUAGCUCCCCGCAUUCGGACCUUGCUGGAUUGACAUUGUUGACUCAAGUGAAUGAAGUACAAGGUUUGCAAAUCAAGAGAAACGGGAAAUGGAUUCCCAUUGAUCCCAUUCAAGAUGCUUUCAUCGUUAAUGUUGGCGAGAUGAUUGAGAUCAUGAGCAAUGGAGAAUACAAGAGCAUAGAGCAUAGGGCAGUGGUGAAUCCUGAAAAGGAGAGGCUGUCCAUUGCAACAUUCCACAACCCAAACUCUAACGCUGUGAUUGGACCUUUGCCAGACAUUCGCGGUAAGGAUGGGAAGAAGCAAGCACCAAAGUACAAAUCCAUGCCGUACCAGGAAUAUAUGACAGAACGACUUCGUCAAAAGAAAAAAGUUUAUGAUGAGGAGGGAAAACCCGAAAACCCCGCUCAUCAGAUGAAGUUACAUACCGAAGCUGCAUAGUCAAUUCAAGCCCCUCUAUGGUCAAAAAGUAGCUGCAAAGUGUCAAAUUAUGGCAAAUGGAAGCCUGUUGUUUCAGAUUGAGAAUAUCACCAUUAGUAGUCGGGAUUCAGACUCUGAAACCCAGUAUCAUAUCUAAGCAAAAGAUUGCAACUUUAAUUAGAAAUCACAAGGAGUCCCAUCCUGCAGCUGUCUAAUGACGACCUUGAAAUCUUUCUGAGUCAUGGUUUGGGGAAGGUGGAUGUAGGGGGUGUCGUUUAGUGUGGUUAUGUUGCGGAUCAUGCACGUAGAUAGCAUGGCCGAGACGUUUUGGGUGUUUUGUGUUGCACUUAAUUAUUGUGGGUAGCCGAUUGUAAUUAGCUAGUUGAUUAUAAUCGAAACCCUAGUUGAUAUGUAGAAGGGUCCGGCUGGGUAUAAGUAGGUUGCAUGGCCGCUGCUGCUAGGUAAUCAAAAGUGAAGUAAAAUUGACUAGAGAGCCCUAGCUCUUCGUGGAGUAGUCUCGUUCACAUUGAACCGGGAAAUCACGUAAAUUGCGUGUGU